GUGUAAAUAGUAGCAAUAUUUAUACUUCAAUAAACAAAAUGAGAAAAACUUAUGCUAUAAAUUGCAUAUAUUACACAUAUAAAAUAGAACCUGUUCUUGCUAUCGCCCUUUUGGGAUGAGAAGAAAAAUUUUGUUUUAUUUGCCGUCAUUGUACUUACAGCGAGCACUUUAGCUUGUAAGGCAACAAUAAAAGUGAAAAACAAAAUUGCCGCUGGGAAGAUUUCCAGUUCUAAAGGUUCCAUCGUUUGCAUAUAAGGCGCGCCAAGAUAGACCUUUUACUCUUAUAGAAGAAUAAAGCCGUGUACACUAAAUUUUAUUAAAACUGCAAGUAGAAUCAGGUGGGGAUUUCCAGUUUCAGUAUCGAUGCAUAUAUAAGGGUCACUUGUCGAUUUUCUGUGGCACUGUCGCUGUGCCAGUUUUCAUACACCAUAGAAAACUGCUGCACACGCACUAAAUAUCAUCCAACACCAUGAUAACUUACUUUUUAAGUUGUAUCAUUCUAAUCGGUAAUCUAACUACUAUGAUUUUUUUUCAUACAUUUUUAAAUAUAAAAAUACCAAUCUUUAUAAGUCACCAGUUAAUAAUAUUUUUUUGCACAGCACUAACACCAAGUGCACUGCUACAAGAACAAAUAGAUUUGAAAUACGAGUUAUGGAACAGUGACAGCUUUAAAGAUUGUAGGUGUAAUUAUACUUUGGACCUCGUGCCGAUUUGUGAAAAUAAAGAUGUUACAUAUAACAGAAAAGAAAUGUCUGCUUGUAUUAAUAAAUGUUCUAAAAAUAGUACUUUGAAUAUUAUUCACAAUCGCGAAUGUUCCGAAAAGUCGACCGAUCAACUGUCAUCAAAGCCUACAAAAGAAUGUAAAGAUUGCAAAUUAACUAACGAGUUUGCACCUGUAUGUGGAAACGAUGGUGUUACAUAUCCUAAUCCUUCGUACCUGUUCUGUGUUGCAGAAUGUGAAAAACCAGGGUUGCUAUAUAGUCACUGCGGUUUCUGUCUACCGCAAGAUAAAGAAAAGUAUGAAGAUAACGAGGUCAUGAUGAAUGACGUUUCGAAAAAAGUAUCGAAGAACCUUUUAGAUUCAUUGACAACGUGUGAUUGUGUUAUCAAAUAUAAUCUUAAUCCGAUUUGCGGAAGUGACGAUGUUACUUAUCCCAACCCAUCAAUGCUGUAUUGCAUUAAAAAAUGUAGAAAAACAGAUCUUCAAAUUAAAUCAUGCGGCAAAUGCCUUACAAAAGAUCCCCAAGAAUUGACGGAUUCUGAAAAAGCUUCAAAAUUUACCGAUACGGUUAACCAAUGCUUAGCUUCUUGUCCAGUUCCGCUUGAAUUAAACCAAGUAUGUGGAACUGACGACAAAACAUACGACAGUAUCUCAAUACUAAAAUGUUACAAUUCUUGUACCAAUGAAACUAUAAGUGUGCAAUAUUACGGAACGUGCGAUGACAAAUGUAAAUGCAUAGCUGACAAAGACUAUAAUCCAGUUUGUGGAAGUGAUGGAAAUACUUAUGCUAAUCCGUCAACUUUGUUCUGCGCAGAAAAAUGUUUAAAAUCAAAUUUGAAAUUAUCUUAUUGUGGAAAAUGUGAUAAACAGAAGGAAUUAGUUUCUGAGCGAAAAGAAGCCGUGAUAUCGGAUACACUCUCAAAAGUAUUUCAUACAUGCGGCUGUAUUUUUACGAAAGAAUAUGCACCUCUUUGUGCGAGCGAUGGAACUGUAUAUGGUAAUCCAUCUAUUUUUUAUUGUGCAAGGCAGUGCAUGAAAUCAGAUAUAACCAUAAAAAAUUGUGGUUACUGCAAUAAAAGCAACGAAGAAUCAAGUGUAAAAGCCGUUCAGCAAACGACCUCUAAAAAUUUUAAAUCACUGUCAAGACCUUUACUAAAAUGUGAUUGUGUAGCUACAUCCACAUUGUAUCCAGUUUGUGGUACUGACGGGGUGACUUAUCCCCAUCCUUCAUAUAUCUACUGCACUAAAAAUUGUAAAGCAAAUGAUGCGUCAACAGAAGAUUUGCAACUGGCUUAUUGUGGCACUUGUAAGGAAGGCGACCUAGAAAUUCCCAAACCUGAUAAAGCUCAAGACGAAUUAUUAUCAGAAUCUCUUAAUAUGUUUGAAAAAUGCCAAUGUAAAAUUACCAGAGAAUGGAAUCCGGUUUGUGGGACAAAUAACGUUACUUACGGCAACCCAUCGAUAUUCUAUUGUAGCAACAAGUGUAUCGAUCCAAGCAUCCACAUAAAACAUUGUGGAGUUUGUCGCGAAAAAGACAAUCCAAAGCCAUUAAACAUUAAUAAUUUUGAUGACGACGAUGAUGAUCCUAAUAAAUGUCGGUGUACUGCAACUAGAGAAUAUAAACCAGUAUGUGGAAGUGAUGGGAAUAAUUACGCCAAUUUCGUAAUUCUUGAAUGCAUCAAAAACUGCACCAAUCAAAAUAUAAACGUGGUAUAUAAUGGCCUAUGUAGCGACGAAAAUAAAGACUCUUACAUUACACCAAAUCGAAAUGCACGAAGUGCACAGGUCUCUGGAUCGUCACAAGGAAUCGAUGCUUUAUUGGGUUGUAACUGUCUCGUAAAGACAAACUAUGCACCAGUUUGUGGCACCGAUGGAAAAACAUAUCCAAAUCUUUCGCAGUUAUCCUGUAAUAAUUGGUGUUACCGUCGCUAUGUUUACAUCGACCAUUAUGGCCCAUGUCACGAACAAACAAGACCAGCAGUUUCGAAGCCAUGCAGAUGCGCAGUGAACUAUAGUUAUAGGCCUGUAUGUGGAUCUGAUAGAGAGACAUAUCCUAACGAACAACAAUUAGACUGCGCCAUUUCUUGCAAAAAUAAAAAUCUGUACAAAAUUCAUGAUGGACCAUGCAACGAAGCUGCAAAACCUGAAAAGCCAUCGACACCUCCGCAAUGUGGAUGUCCUAUAUCUUACGAAUACGGACUUUUGUGUGGGUCAGACGGAGAAGAUUAUCCUAAUCAGUCGUCUCUACGAUGCCAUAAUCGCUGUAACGCUACAAACGUAUACAAAGUUCACGAUGGUCCAUGUCAAUAUCCUACGAAGCCAGGUGAUCCACCAAUUUCUAAACGUUGCACAUGUGUUCACACUUUCGAUCAUACUCCCUUGUGUGCAUCGGAUAGAAAAACAUACGGGAACCCUUCGCAGAUGAACUGCGCUAAUUCUUGCUACAAACAAAAUGUAUUCAAACUCUAUGAUGGCCCUUGUAAUAACGAAGCAAUAAGCGUUGUCGCAAGAAGUAAGCGUAAUCCACAAUUCAAUAACGCUCUUCAAUCGUCGAUGAAUAAUCGUGUAUCAGGCUGCACCUGUUUUGUAAAAACCAACUAUGAGCCAGUUUGUGGAACUGAUGGUAAAACUUAUCCGAAUCUUUCCAGGUUAUCCUGUAAUUGGUGUUACCGUCGCUACAUUUACGUCGAUCAUUAUGGUGCAUGCCGUGAUAAAGCAUCAGCAGCAGCUUCAAAAAUAUGCAGAUGCGUGGUGGUCAAUGAAUAUUCCCCCGUAUGCGGAUCUGAUGGAGAAACAUACCCCAAUUAUCAUCAGUUGAACUGCGCUAAUUCUUGCAACAAUAAAAACGUACAAAAAAUGCACGAUGGACCGUGCAAUAAAGUUACAAAACCCGAAACGCCAUCAACCACUACUGAUGCGUCAACAGAAAAUUCUGAGGUAUCCCAAUGCACUAUAACCCAAGAUUAUGAUCCUAUUUGUGGAUCAGAUGGGAAAGAUUACUCUAACCCUUCGUUCUUAGCGUGCCAUAAUAUAUAUAACAAAAAGAACAAAGUACAAAAAGUACAUGAUGGACCGUGCAAUCAGCCUACAGAACCUACAGAUAUAGAACCGCCAGUGACACCUUUACGGUGCCGAUGCGCUUACACUUACGAAUACGGACUUUUCUGUGGGUCAGAUGGAGAAGAUUAUCCUAAUAAUUCGUAUCUACUAUGCCAUAAUCGCUGUAACGGUACAAACGUAUACAAAGUUCACGAUGGUCGAUGUCAAUAUCCUACGCGGCCGGGAGAUCCCCCACUUUCUCAACGUUGCGCAUGUGUGCACACUUAUGAUUACACUCCCUUGUGUGCAUCAGAUGGAAAAACAUACGGGAACUUAUCGCAGAUGAAUUGCGCUAAUUCCUGCUACAAACAAUAUAUUAAAAAAGUUCAUAAUGGCCCUUGUGCUGAAACCGGAGCAAUAAGCGUUGAAGCAUGAAGGAAGCGUGAUCUACAAUUCAAUGAUGCAUCUCAACAAUUCAUUAAGGAACAAUUCUGAUGAGCCAUGCAGUUGAAGAAAAAGAACUGAAGUUUAAGAAGAACUGCACACUACGACGCAAUGCUUAAUUGUCAAAUAUGAUAUAAUAAAUGAUAAUGAUUUGGAUUACAACUGAAAAA